GUUAUAAAUAUAGACUUCCACUCGCACAUAGUCAAUCCAUAUAUCAUCAUCAUCACAAACAUAUAUUUCUCCUCAAGUAGUUCCCAUAAUAUAAGUGCUACAAUUAACGUAUCAUUAUGGAAGUUCUCUGUCUUAACAAUCCUGCCGCCCUAUCAUCCACCACCCUUCACCGCCGCACACUCUCCGGCAAGAAACUCCUCCACCUCAAAUCUCCCCACAAAACUCCCACCGCUCUCCGGAGAGUGGUCGGCCCACGGGCAGCCGACCCGAGACGGUCGGUCCACGCAAAGGUAUCUGCCCGGGUGAACGCCCCGGCCGCCGCCGCCGCCGUGGUGCCGAAGUACACCCCGGACGAGCUGGUUUACGAGGUCGGGAAGCUGAUUCCGAACGAGGACGUGGGCGCGGACGUGACGGUGAACCUGUGCGAGUACGUGAAGGAAAUCGAGGCAUCGAAGGUGUACGACGUGGCGGUGGAGUCCCCGCUGGAGAGGGAGACUCUGCUCUCCGACGAAGACGACCUCGGCGUCUCGUACUGGCUCAAGAGAGACGACCAGCAGCCUGUGUUUUCGUUCAAGCUUAGAGGGGCAUAUAAUAUGAUGUCAAAGCUGAGUGAGGAAGAACUGAAAAGAGGAGUGAUAACGGCAUCUGCAGGGAAUCAUGCGCAAGGGGUGGCAUUGGCUGCCCAGAGAUUGGGCUGCUCAGCUACCAUUGUCAUGCCUGAAACCACCCCCUGCAUUAAGAAACAAGCGGUGGAGAGACUGGGCGGCACAAUUGACCUUCACGGGCAGUCAUUCGACGAGGCCCGGCUUUACGCCCUGGAAAAGGCGGAGAAGGAGAACCUCGUCUUCAUUCCUCCCUACGACGACAGAGAAAUAGUGGUGGGCCAGGGGACCGUCGCGCCGGAGAUCGUGAAACAGAUGGCGAAGGACGACGACUUGCACGCGAUAUUCGUGCCCAUCGGCGGCGGCGGCCUCGUCUCCGGCAUUGCCGUCUACAUGAGGGCCCUCUUCCCCGACGUGAAGAUCAUCGGCGUGGAGCCCUCCGGCGCUUGCGGCAUGGCGCUUUCCUUCCAGAAGGGAGAGCGGGUGGAGCUGGAGUACACCGACACUUACGCCGACGGUGUCGCGGUGGCGCUCGUCGGCGAGGUCACUUACGAUCUUUGCAAGCAGCUCGUUGACGGAGUCGUCGUCGUCGAGGAUAAAGAUAUCGCUGAGGCCAUAAGGGACGUGUACUUUGAGAAGAGGAGUAUAUUAGAGUUCUCAGGGGCUCUGGCCCUGGCCGGAGCAAAGGCUUACCGGAACUACGGGUCUCAGGCGGAAUCGGUGAAGGGCAAAAACCUAGUGGCGGUGGCCAGCGGAGCUAACCUUGAUUUUCCCAAACUGGUUGAUGUGGUUGACAUGGCCGGUCCCGGCUGUGAGGAAGAAGCUGUUUUGGCCACCAAAUUGCCUGAGCAACUCGGUAGCUUCAAGCGGUUCUGCCAACUUGUGAGGCCUUUGAAUAUUAGUGAAUUGAAAUACAGAUAUGAUUCCAGCAAAGAGAGAGGACUAGUACAGUACAGCGUGACAUAUCACGCACAAGCAGAACUUGAUGCAAUGUUGGAACGAUUGAGAGCAGCUCAGCUGGAGACUGUCAAUGUUUCAGAUCAAAACUUGUUUUUAAGGCAUUUGAAAUAUUUGGUGGGGGGCGGCGAGUCAAAAGUAGAGAACGAGCUUCUUUGUUGGGUUAAGCUCCCUGAUGGGCCGGGCGCUUUCUUGAAGUUUUUGAACGCUUUAGAUUCGCGUUGGAACGUAACUUUGGCUCAUUUCAAGUCAAAGGGAUCGGUAGAGGGGAAUGUAUUGGUUGGCAUUCAAGCAAGUGAGUCCGAGAAAAGAGUGUUUCGUGACCUUACAAAGAGUAUAGGGUACCCUUGCAAAUUCUAUCCCAAGCACAAAUCUCUAGAGUUUCUAAUUGGAUAAAACGUGACAAGAUUGCGUCAGGGCCCGCCAAGUGUACGUUUCAAGAAUAAAUGGCCAUUCUAACACCCUUCAUCACCUUUUGAAGUGUGUUUUGGCCUUUGUAUGUACCCUACUUGGGGUUAUCUGGCUACUAUGUACAAUAAAUGGUUAUCCAUGACGUUACGAAUUAAUGCUUGUGUUUUAUCGAGCUAUUAUGUAAAAUAAAUGAUUAUCCAUAAUGCUAUGAAUAAAUACUUGUGUUAUUA